AUGGCUCACGAACACUUUGGGACAAGAACUGAUGUGGAAAUAGGAGCUCUCGGGCACCCCCCUGGGGGUGGGCCCAAAGCAGCCCCUAAGGAGCCGGCCCCGGUCAGGCCUCCGUGCUGGGUGCGCGGGGACAGGUGUGGAGCGGGGGCAGACCCUGGGCUGGCGAGCGGCCAGCUGCAGAGCUUCCUUCCCUGUCCUGGCAAGGACAGGGUCCAGCCCGGGAAGAUGGCCUCCUAUGGAAAAUGCAUUGAAACUGUGAUUAAGCUCCUGGACCAAUUUAAACCUGAGAAGGACAGUCCCGAGCAGUUCCUGGAGGCUGCGGCCACCUCCCUGCAGGAGAACUGGCGGGACGGAAUCCUGCGGGGCCAGGGGGUCCGCGUUCCUGACGGCGGGGCGCUGCCCGCUGCUCCGGGGCAGGGGGCUCUGGGGGCCCCCACGCGGGAAGGCGGCUGCCCGCUCCCCUGGCCUGGCCGGCAGCCCCCUCCCGGGCCGUUUCUCCUCCAGACCCUGAGCCCCCAGAAGCAGGCGUUCAUCGUGGAGGUUCUGUCCGGGUGCCUCGAGUACCGGAAGCUGCUGAGCAUCCUGGUGGACGCCUUCUACGCGCGGGACGGCCGGCUCUGCCUGUGGGCCGACUACAGCCUCUUUGAGGUGAUCUGCUACCUGGCCACUUUCCAGCUGGAGGAGCUUGGCUUUCAGCUCUUCUGUAACAUCAUCAAGUCCCAGCCUGUCCACAAGAUGUGCAAGUUCCUCGCGUUCCUCUUCAACCCCUUGAACCUGGGCUCGUGGAUCAAGGAUGAGUGGAGCCUCGUCUACGACACCGCCCACGUGAAGGAGAACUGGCUCGACCCCCUGACGAGGUGGCAGCCGGAGGUCCAGGAGCUGAUCGACCAGCUGCAGGGGGUGUUGACCAACCAGCCCCCUCUUCCAAAGACCAAGGCCAAGGUCACAGAGCGCAAGGAGUUCAACCUGACUGCCCCCAGGCCCCGCGCCAUCCCAGUGCCCGAGCCAGUCCCCGUGGUGGCCAAGACCAGACCAGUCCCCAGGAGCACCUACCAGCCGCCCAAGGAGCAGCAGCUCCUGGAGAUGACCAGGAGAUGUAAUCGCUGGAAGGCUGAGGAGCUGCUGCUUCGGGCCAACAUGGAGGAGAUGCGGUGCGCGGUGCCCAGGUCCCGCGGGGAGCCCCCGGCGCAGGACUCUAAGAAGAUGCCGCGGCUCCGAUGCCCGCCUCGAAUCCUCAAGACUCCGGAACUGACCUUCUACAGGCCUAACGACACCGCCCCAGUCAAGCUGAACACCGCUGCCAUCCUGCGAGAAGGGGCCUUAUACCAGCGGCAGGUGGAGAAAGAGCUGCAGAGGGUGGAUAAGCUCGUGGACGGGGCUGGGGACUUCUCCGAGUUCCUCGCGUGGCAGAGGAAGAUGCAGGCGAAGGACCGGGAGGAGCGGCUGGCCGCAGAGGAGUGUCGGAGGCUGCAGGGGAAGCUGAGCCACGAGGAGGCCGUCCUGGCGCGGCAGCAGGUGGUGCAGGAGAAGAAGCAGAAGGCCGACCAGAAGAAGGAGGAGACAGCUGAGCUGAUGCAGCAGUGUGCCGAGAGGCGCCUCCAGGAGGAGAGGUCCAUGAAGGAGCUGGUGGAGCAGGUGAUGGAGGCACAGAAGAACGUGAAGGUGGCGCAGACAAAGCUCCUGAAGGGUCGACGGCAGAUAGUUCAGGAGUUGAUAGAAGAGAGCCGGGAGCUGCUACAGCGCAGCGCAGAGGCGGCCAAGGAGGAGCAGAGGCAGCGCUGCGAGCUCAUCUCCCAGCUGCGCGCCCUGGAGACUCAGCCCACGCGCAGGGGCAAGCUGGUGGACCUGACCCAGAUCCCUGGCUAUGGCCUGGAAGGGGAAAUGUCGGUUGUGGAGUUGCGUGAGCGGCUGGCCCUGCUCAAGGAGACCCAGAAGCGCCAGGAGGAGGAGAAGCGAGACCAGAUCAUCCAGGGCAAGCGUGCCAAGAGCCAGGGGCUGCAGAACACGGUGGAGCAGAUCGCGCUGUGCCGCGCAGCCAUGGGAAGGGCUGCAGCCUUGAGGUGGGAGGAGGAGAAGGCACGCUCGGCGGCCGCGGGCGCGCGCUCGCGGGACCAGCGGGGACUGGAGCUGCCGCGCAGGAGCCGGGAGCAGGCGGCCCCGCCGCACGUGCCGGCGCCGCGGGCCGCGCCCCCCAAGCCGCGGGCGCAGCUGGAGGCGCAGCGCAGGCUGGAGCUGGAGCGGAGCCGCGAGCGCAGGCUGCGGGCGCUGCCGCGGGGAGGCUCGGCCUGCGGGCCCGCGCGCCGCCUGGGGGCCGCCUGAGCCGGGCGGGC